ACUCCAUUCCAGUCGGUCGGCAGAGGUUUCCCCGAGCCUCUCCUCCCGAACAGCUGUCUGCGGUGAUAACUUCACCUGCUCCACCAACACAAACAACCCCACCAUGAGCGGACAUCACGCACGCGGAAACUCGCAGGUGAACUGUGGAUCCAAAGGAAGCGACGUCCACAAACACAAAGACAAGCACAAAGAGCACAAGAAGGAAAAGGAGCGAGAGAAGCUGAAGCACAGCAACAGCGAACACAAGGACCACUCGGAGAAGAAGCACAGAGACAAAGAGAAGCUGAAGCACAGCAACGGUGGCUCGGACAAACACCGGGAGAAACACAAAGAGAGGAGAGAGGAGAAGAUCAAAUCGUCCCAAUUCGAGAAGCCGAAAAAGGAGAAAGAAAAUGGCUACGUGAGAGAAAGAAGCCCCGCCUCCGCCGUCAAGAGCGAGCCGGAGGACGACGACGGCGGCUUCUUCCCGUCGCCCCGACGCGACGAGGCCUGCAAGCGAGAGCGCGGCGAUGACGGGUUUGAGUACGAGCCCAAAAAGGUGAAGACGGAGCACGACAAAAAGGCCAAGAAGAGGAAACACGAGUACGAAGACGAGGACGAGGACGAAGAGGACAUCAAGCCCAAAAAGAAGACGAAUAACAAAAAGGCCACGGAGGGAAAGAAAGCCAAAAAAGAGGAGGAGGAGAAGUGGAAAUGGUGGGAGGAGGAACGCUCCACCGAUGGAUCCAAGUGGCGCUUCCUCGAGCACAAGGGUCCAGUGUUCGCAGCGCCGUACGAGGCCAUGCCGGACCGAGUCAAGUUUUACUAUGACGGAAAGCCGAUGAAGCUGAAGGCUCCUGCCGAGGAGGUAGCUACGUUUUUUGCCAAGAUGUUGGACCACGAGUACACCACCAAGGACAUCUUCAGGAAGAACUUCUUCAAGGACUGGAGGAAGGAAAUGACAUCAGAGGAGAAAUCGAAGCUCACCGACCUGAACAAGUGCGACUUCGGUGAGAUGAGCGAGUACUUCAAGGCCCAAUCGGAAGCUCGGAAACAGAUGUCGAAAGGGGAGAAACAGAAGAACAAGGAGGAGAACGAGAGGCUGCUCCAGGAGUACGGCUUCUGCGUCAUGGACAACCACAAGGAGAGGAUCGGCAACUUCCGCAUCGAGCCGCCGGGGCUGUUCCGGGGCCGAGGGGACCACCCGAAGAUGGGCAUGCUGAAGCGCCGCAUCCGCCCCGAGGACAUCAUCAUCAACUGCAGCAAGGACUCCAAGCAGCCCAAAGCUCCCCCGGGGACCAAGUGGAAGGAGCUUCGCCACGACAACAAGGUGACCUGGCUGGCUUCCUGGACGGAGAACAUCCAGGGAUCCAUCAAGUACAUCAUGUUGAACCCGAGCUCCAGGAUCAAGGGGGAGAAGGACUGGCAGAAAUAUGAGACUGCUCGUCGGUUGAAGAAGUGUGUGGAUCGCCUCCGUACCCAAUACAGAGAAGACUGGAAGUCAAAAGAGAUGAGGAUCCGGCAGAGAGCUGUGGCGCUGUACUUCAUAGACAAGCUCGCGCUGCGAGCGGGGAAUGAGAAGGAGGAAGGGGAGACGGCCGACACCGUCGGCUGCUGCUCGCUGCGGGUGGAGCACGUCAAGCUGUACCCCAAGAUGGACGACCAGGAGUACGUGGUGGAGUUCGACUUCUUGGGGAAGGACUCCAUCCGCUACUACAACAAGAUCCCCGUGGAGAAGAGGGUGUUUAAGAACCUGCAGCUGUUCCUGGAGAACAAGCAGCCUGAAGACGACCUCUUCGACAGGCUGAAUACUUCCAUCCUGAACAAGCACCUGCAGGAGCUGAUGGACGGCCUGACGGCCAAAGUCUUCCGCACCUACAACGCCUCCAUCACACUGCAGCAGCAGCUCAAGGAGCUCGCCUGCCCUGACGACAGCCUCCCGGCUAAAGUCCUGUCUUACAACCGAGCCAACCGGGCGGUGGCCAUCCUCUGUAACCACCAGAGGGCUCCGCCCAAGACCUUUGAGAAGUCCAUGCAGAACCUCCAGACCAAGAUCGACGAGAAACAGAAUCAGCUGUCGGCGGCCAGGAAGCAGCUGAGGGGCGCCAAGGCCGAACACAAGGCCUCCCACGACGACAAGAGCAAAAAGACUGUGGAGGUGAAGCGUAAAGCCGUCCAGAGGAUAGAGGAGCAGCUGAUGAAGCUCCAGGUUCAGGCCACAGACCGAGAGGAGAACAAGCAGAUCGCUCUGGGCACCUCCAAGCUCAACUACCUGGAUCCCCGGAUCUCUGUGGCAUGGUGCAAGAAGUGGGUCGUUCCCAUCGAGAAGAUCUACAACAAAACCCAGAGGGAGAAGUUUGCGUGGGCCAUCGACAUGGCCGAGCGGGACUACGAGUUUUAAUCACGCUUUGACGCUUUUAUCUUUUUGGAAAAAACACGCCUUUUGAUUGUAGAGGUUUUUGUAGUUGAUGUCAAAUGAUUCCACUGUGUGUAUAUGUAUAUAUAUAUAUAUAUGCACACAUAUGGAUUAGUAGUGUGUAUGUAGCAGCUAUCUGCCUACGAACACGUUAGUAUUCUCUCUGGUCAGACACGACUGUACUGAAAUGUGUAAGCCAUCAGACUCUGCUGAGACGUUCUAUAUUCUCAUAGAAUAAUUAAUACAUGUUUUGUACAGAGGGCGGUUGGGGAGGAACAACGUGAGAUGGAAUCUGAUGAAUUUCAAUUUGUGGAAUUGUGUGAAAGGUCGGUACAAUAAAACGACCACCACCCCUACCCCCCACGACCCCCCCGGAGCACUAUGUUCAUAUAAUUGUUAGCACACAGAAUGCCGUCUUUUCUUUCCAUAUAGUUUGCUGUUUAUUUCAGGGAUGUACAUAUUUUUUGGUCAUUUUUAAGUCACUAUGAUUCAGCGUUUUAUAUAAAUGUGUGCCAUGUGCAUCGUCAACGAGAGGCUCUUCAUUGCUUAUAUGCAAACGUGUGUGCGUGUUCGAGUGUAUGUGUGCGUGUGUGUGUGUGUGUGUGUGUGUGUGUGUGUCCGUCCACAGUUUCACAAUCUUAACGAUCCUCUCGGUUACUUGGAAAACAGCUCGAGGACGACGUGGUGUUUUUGUGUACCGGAGCUGAGAGCCUGGUUCCUUCGGACAGAGAUGUUUUUUUUUCUAAGAGGGAAAUGAAUUCUUUAGCCAAAAACAAAACAAAAACAGAUGAUCACAGAGAUAGUGAUCGCUGUCGUGUCCCGUUUGUAUCGCUGUGAUUAAGCAGAAAGUGUGUGCUCCUUAAUUUUUCCGAAUGUGAAUGGAUAUUAUAACUUUUGUCAUUAAUAUUUGUGUGCUAUUUGAUCAUUUAUCACACGACUCCGCUUGUUGUUUUAUGAGCUUUGUAGUUUUCAGAAUAAAACAUUGACUUUUC